CUGCAAUAGCCUCUCUGUGUCUAUCUCCUCUUCUUAAUUAAUCUCCUCCUCUGUAAACAAUUUCUCUGUUUUCACAAGGAUGGCCGGCUUAAGGGGUUCAGUUACCGGAAUUGCUUGUGUUCUGCUGGCCUUGUGCAUGGCCGUGCCAACGUUGGCCACUGUUUACACUGUUGGCGAUUCUUCCGGCUGGGCCACUGGUGUUGAUUACACCACUUGGGCCAAAGGCAAGACCUUUGCAGUUGGUGAUAGCCUAGUGUUCAAUUACGGAGGUGGUGCGCAUACGGUAGAUGAAGUUAAUGCUAGUGACUACAACACGUGCACUGUGGGAAAUUACAUCAGCACAGACCAGAGUGGUGCCACCACCAUCCCUCUCAAGACAGCGGGGACUCAUUACUUCAUCUGUGGUGUGACUGGCCAUUGUGGGAGUGGCAUGAAACUUGCUGUCGAUGUGGCAGCUGCAGCCGCACCCUCCGGGACUCCAUCUUCCAGUGGCACCCCGCCUGCCACCAACACAACAGUUACCACCCCAACGCCCGUUACUACUAAACCCACAACUACAGUACCAUCCUCUUCCGGCGCUGUCUCCUCCGUUGAGGCUUUGGUGAUGACUAUGAUUGCAUUGUUUGUGUUGGUUGUGUCAUAAGUUGGGGGGCCAGGAUAGAGGCAGUGCUUAAUUAUUAUUUCGGUUUUUCUUAUGAUUUGAUCUCGUUUGUAUUGAGGAUAAACGUUGCUUUGUUUUCAUGGAUGAGUCGGUUCUUUAUUGUGCUUGUGUAAAACUAUUGUUCAUCAUAGGAUCAACCCCAUCCUUUUUUUUUCCCUUUUUUAACAGAAGGCAAUUAGUACCUAUUUUAAAUUUAACAAAAAAUAUAAAGUUUC